ACUUCGUCAUCGUCGAAAUCCUCGACUUGAGCCCACAAUGUUACUCGAUCCACUCAAUGCUGUCAAAGAAGAUCUCAAGCAGAAUGGUAUCAUUCCAGACGUUAUCCCUGUUGACCCUCCUUUCCAUCCCAAGGCUCUGCUCGUUGUGACCUUCCCCACUAACCAAGAGGCUCUUCUGGGGAAUACGCUCACAAAAACGGACACCGCCGACGAACCAACUGUUGCGUUCACUCCAAUGCAGGUGCCGGAUGAGAUUGAUGAACCCACCUAUACGCUCGUCAUGACAGACCCAGAUGCACCAUCCAGGAAAAACCCAAAAUUCAGAGAGUGGCGGCACUGGGUGGUCACUGGUGUGAAAGCUCCUCCGACGUCGUCCAUUGAGACGGACAAUCUUGAUGCACUACUCACCAAACCUGCCGUGACGCCCUAUUACCCUCCCACUCCUCCCCCGGGAACUGACAAGCAUCGUUACGUACUUUUGUUAUACCAGGAGCCCAGUGCGGACUUCUCGAUUCCUGCCGACGCCCCCGAACGCAAGAACGAGCCUGCAGAUAGAAAGAACUGGAGUGCAGCGAGGUUUGCUAAUAAGCAUGGGCUGAAGCUAGUUGGGGUUAAUUAUUUCGUUGUCGUGGGUGAUUAAGAUGUCCCAAGCGAGGUAGCUUUCCUUGGAUGGUUGAGGUGAUGCCAGAUUGUACCAUACUGAUUUGUUUUCGAAAGUCUCGAUCUAACAAGCUCUAACGCAAUUCCAUGAUGCCUUCACU